AUGCAGCAUCAUGUUCAAAAAUUUAUGUGGAGGCAUCAGUUACAAGCAACAUUAUCUUUUAUACGUCGCUUUCAUGAUCGGUCAGGUGUUCCACGCGUUGUAGACGAUCCAGAGGAGAAAAUGCAUGGUGUUACGGAUGCUGGAUAUCGAUAUCGGUAUCAUCAACCAGGUAUCGACUCACUUCCGCGAUUACCCAACUGUAAAGUUCCGGUUUACAAACGCGAUUACAAAAUACGCGAUAAUUGGUCUAGAACACAAGCGAGGUUUGGUGAAAAUGAUUACAUUGACUUACUCGGUGACGGUAGCAUUCAUCCCGCUCAGUUGCAAUACCAUGUACCGGCAUGGCUUCGUGGUUUUCCUGGUCAGCAUCGUGCCAACGAACUAAUAAAACUGAUUCAUUUCCGGAAUUUGUAUAAAGAUAAGAUGCAAAUUAAUUCACCAAGAAGAUGGUAUGAUCUGCAAAAAAGAAUCAAAUAUUUGCUGCAGAAACAUAAUUAUUACAAACAGGAUGAAUUAAGGGAUGAACGGAAACUUGGUUUGUGGGAUGAACGACCAGAUUAUUUCUACAAGGAUAAAUUGAGAAGGAGUUAUCAAGAUCUUGUUUAA